AUGACCUCCUCAAAAAAGCCUUCCCAAAUCGCUACUCUAAACGAACACGGACACUGGAUGGUUGGCACAGUGGUAGAACCCCUGCCUAGCCUGCAGGAGGCCCUGGACCCAAGCCCCAGCAAAGCAAAACAAACCCUCAAACCGCGGCUCGGUGGCUGGCCUCUUGCUGGGCGCGUCCUGCAUCCCCGACAGUCUCUGCGCCUCCUCGUACAGCGAGGGCGCCCUCCGGGAGGUGCGGCCACGGCCGGGGCAGGCGGCAGUUCUCCGCCAGGUAAAGAGAAGAAAGGAAAAGGUCGGGCCAAUUCUCAUGGGAAAAACCCAAAGAAGCUGAGGCCAGAAGUAGACAUCCUCAGCCCAGAUGCUAUGCUGAACCUCUACUACAUCGCCCACAAUGUCGCCGACUGCCUGUACCUGCGAGGCUUCCCCUGGCCAGGCACUCCCAAAGGGAAAAAAGGGAAGAACAAAAUUUAAGUGAUAGAUGUCAAAGCAUGUCUUGGUUUCAGAGAACAGAACUUGGGGAAACAUUGGGGAUAACUCAAUGACUGCAGAAAAUAGACUUUAAGGAAGAUAAUCAGAA